GUGAAUCAGGGGAACAUGCCGGGCAUCCAGAGCACCUUCCUUGCCAUGGACACAGAGGAGGGCGUGGAGGUGGUGUGGAACGAGCUGCUCUUCACCGACAAGAAGGCCUUUAAAGCACACGAGGAGAAGAUCAAGACCAUGUUUGAGCAGCUGGUGCUUGUGGAUCACCCCAACAUCGUAAAGCUUCACAAAUACUGGCUGGACGUGAAAGACUUGAAGGCACGGGUCAUCUUCAUCACAGAAUACGUGUCCUCAGGGAGCCUGAAACAGUUCCUGAAGAAAACCAAGAAAAACCACAAGGCCAUGAAUGCCAGGGCCUGGAAGCGCUGGUGCACUCAGAUCCUGUCCGCUCUCAGCUUCCUGCACUCCUGCGAGCCUCCCAUCAUCCACGGCAACCUCACCAGUGACACCAUCUUCAUCCAGCACAACGGGCUCAUAAAGAUCGGUUCAGUCUGGCACAGGGUGUUUGCAAAUGCCCUCCCGGACGACCUGCGGAGCCCCAUCAGGAUCGAGAGGGAAGAGCUGCGCAACCUGCACUUCUUCCCCCCGGAGUACGGCCAAAAGGCUGACGGGACCGCUGUGGACAUCUUCUCCUUCGGGAUGUGUGCGCUGGAGAUGGCAGUGCUGGAAAUCCAGACUAACGGGGACACGCGGGUCUCAGAGGAGGCCAUCAUGCGGGCACGGCAUUCUCUGGACGAUCCCAACAUGCGGGAGUUCAUUCUGUCGUGCUUGACCCUCAACCCUGACAAGCGACCAACAGCUAAUAACCUGCUCUUCCACCGGGUGCUCUUUGAGGUCCAUUCCCUCAAGCUGCUGGCAGCACACUGCUUCAUCAACAACCAGUAUUUGAUGCCAGAGAAUGUGGUGGAGGAGAAGAUAAAGGAACUGGACCUGAACAUGGUGAUGGCAGAGAUCCGGAGGGAGGGUCGUCCUGGAGCACAGUGGAGGUACUCAGAGGUCUCCUUCCUUGAACUUGACAAAUUCUUAGAAGACGUCAGGAAUGGGAUUUAUCCCCUGAUGAACUUCGCUGUUUCCAGACCCCACGCCCUCCCACGUGCACUCUCCCAGCCCCAGGAGGACCCUCAGAAAGCCAAGACUCCCACCCCAGAGCCCUUUGAUGUGGAGACCAGGAAGGUGGUGCAAAUGCAAUGCAACAUGGAGCUGAAUGAAGACAAGACCCAGUGGCACCUUACUCUUCUGCUGAUCCUGGAGGACAAAUUGCAUCGACAGUUGAGCUACGACUUGCUGCCCACUGACAACUCCAAGGACUUGGCCACCGAGCUGGUGCAUUAUGGGUUCAUCCACGAGGACGACUGUGAAAAGCUGGCUAACUUCCUGGAAAACGCCUUCCACAAAUACCGGUCUCCUCCCUUGUGA